UUGCUUGCACACUUAGCCGAAGGUGCCUAUGUGGAUACAAAUGGGAAGCUAACCAAGAACGUGAAAAUCCAGUGGGGUGAAGUGCCUAACUCUGUGGCGUAUAUUUCCACUGAGCGCCAGCUGCUUGGUUGGGGCCUUAAAGCGAUUGAGGUCCGCUCUGCGGAGACCGGCCACUUAGUCGGCGUGUUUAUGCACAAAAGAGAGCAGAAGUUCAAGUUUCUAUGCGAACGCAAUGAUAAGGUGCGAUUUCAUGUUUCAUGA